ACCUCACAGACUCUCUCCAUUUCUUUUGUUUCGUCUCUGCGCUUGUCUUCUCAGCUUCUGAAUUUGGAAAAUUCUUGUUGAAAUUUGAGACCAAAUGUCUGCGGAGGAACCUAAGACCGUCGCAGAAUCGGAGGCCCCGACGGAUCCUCCUCCGCCUGAACCAACCGAAGCUCCCAAGGAUGUGACCGAGGAGAAAGCCGUAAUUCCGCCAGCUCCUCCUCCUGAAGAGAAGCCUGAUGAAACCAAAGCACUCGCCAUCGUCGAAAAGGUUCCAGAACCCAUUGAAGAGAAAGGCUCUGAGGGUGGUUCUGUCAACAGAGACGCUGUGCUUGCACGAGUUGCAACAGAGAAGAGGCUAUCACUAAUCAGAGCAUGGGAAGAAAGUGAAAAGUGUAAAGCAGAGAACAAAGCUCAGAAAAAGCUAUCUGCCACUGAAGCAUGGGAGAACAGCCAAAAAGCAUCUGUGGAAGCUGAGCUGAAAAAGAUUGAGGAAAAUUUGGAGAGGAAGAAGGCAGAAUAUGUGGAGAAGAUGAAAAACAAGAUAGCGAUAAUCCACAAGGAAGCGGAAGAGAAAAGGGCAAUGAUUGAAGCCAGACGUGGGGAAGAUCUUCUCAAGGCAGAGGAGAUGGCUGCAAAAUACCGUGCUACUGGAAGUGCUCCAAAGAAGUUACUGGGAUGCUUCUGAUGCUCAAAUUCUCAGGUCUGAUUGAAUAUCUAUUUGUAUAUUUCCUUUUAUGUUUCUCUAUUGAUUUUUAGAUGUGUUGUGUGGUUAUUUGCUGGAAAUUUGUUGCUCAUUAUAAAUUUAUUAUGUCUGUGUGCAUAGUUGUGUAUUUGUGUGUAUAUACCUUGAGGGCAAAACUAACUUAAAUCAACUCUGUGUCUUCCAAGUUAUGAAGGUGAUUGAAACCUUGGUGUUGGCAAUUAUUAUUAUUAUU